GCCAUCCGGGAUGAUGAGAUCCGUUUGCACGGGGAUGCGCCACCCGAGGCAUGCACCAGCACCUGCAAGUCCUUGGCAUGUGAUGUGGUCAGUGCGUGCCCAGCGGGCUCGACUGUUCGGGUCGAGGAUGAGACGGGUAGCUGGACGAUUCCAGCCGAGGAUGUGCAGAACAUCGUUAAG